AUGUUCUACAGCCACGAGAUCUUGAACAACAAGCAGUAUGGCGUCGCCACGAUCUGGCACAUCGCGAACUUCGGCCAGAGCAACUCUUUGAAAAGGGUCACUCGUAAGGUCAUCGACGACGUCAAGAUCUCCAAGGCCUGCGCGAAGUUCAUGGAUCCUGGUCCGCCCAUCGCCUUGCGAACUCAGAGCAAGCUUCUAUUCGGCACAGUCCGCGUCUUCGAGCGACAGUGCUACUACACCCUGCACGACGCCGAGAAGGUUCGCCAGCUGAUGACAGACCUGUUUGCCUCUAUUGACAACGCGAUUGAUAUGAAUGCUGGCAAGGCCCGCCGCGAACAAAUCACUCUGAGCGACGAUCCCAGCUUCGUUCCCUCCGACAAGAUCCCUCAGUUCUCGCUCGACAGCGGAGACUUGCUCUUUCCCAGUCAGCAAAAGCUUGCCUCUGGAAGCGGCAAGAAGUCCCAGUCUCAGCUCAGUCCUUUCAAAAGCCCCAUCGGCAUCGACUUCACAGGCGGCGGCGACCCCAUUCUCGACUUCGACCUUUCACAAUCCUCAUCUAACGCCGGCUUCUUCCCAAUGGCUUCCCCAUUUGGUCGUGGAGCCGCAGCGGACACCUUCCUUCCCAAGGCGCGCGAGAGUCUUGACAUGGGCAUGGACAUGAAUUUUGGAGCAGUCUUGGAUGACGAUGACUUUGGCGGUCUUCACAUGCGAGUCGGCCCAGAUGGCGCCUUGAUCGACGACGACGAGAUCGAGUUGCCCAUCUUGCCAGGCAUGGAAGGUCCGGACAACGUGCCAAUUCAAGAUCAGCAGCCGGACCCAGAGCUCCCCCAGAACGACCAGGAUCAGAUCAUGCUAGACCUUGAAGGCGAUGUGCCUGCCGAGGUGCCUGUGCUGGGAAGCGACCCGCCGUUGUUUCCUCAAGAUGAGCUCUCCCUUCAGCAAGACUCGCCCACGCCUGCCAAGGCAGCUGCACCUGCCAAGAAGAAGCGCCCUCGUGUGGCUCGCCCCCUCGAGAAAGACGACGAAAACGAGACCGCAUUCCCCCGCGCCGUUAUCAAGAAGUGGCAGGUUGACUACGUUGCGAAUACGGAGGCUGUCAAGAGAGACGCAUCUGCCAAGAAGCGCAAGAGGGAGACAGCGGCUCAUGCACGCGAGUACGCCAAGCGACUGGUUCUCGGUAAUGGAAUCUGGGGUGUUGGCGACCCGAGAGGCAUCGUUGGAAUUACAUAUCCGCUUGCCCAGAUCUAUGCCGGCGAUGGUCUUCGCGAUCGUAUCUAUGGACCGCCUCCUGCCGAGGAGAACCAGGCAGACCUAAUCUCAACUCCCAGAGGACGUCGGAGACGCUCAGAAGAGGCCUUUGGUGAAGAUGAGUCACAGCGCAACGUGCGACCCCGACUCGACGAGACUCCUCACCAAGGUCGCUCCCAAGAAGACAUUCCUCAGGACUUCGGCAUGAUCUACAGCGAUCAAUCGAUGCCCGAAAUGGGUAUGGAUGCUCCGCAGCCUAUGUCCGAGCAUAUAUCACCCGCAAUCUUGCCUUGGGUCGGAACCCCUUCAGUCGGCAGGGCCUCACUCCCUCCGGGUUCACACUCGCAGCGAGCUGCCCGCCAAACGAGCCUGCGCGGCAGCAGCAUCCCGCCCUUCACUCCUCACCAGAACGACCGCAGCAGUGAUGCCGGCGGUGGAUUUAGCGGCAUCCCCGGCUCCGACGCAGGACCGAGCGGUUUGCUCGACGGCAUCGCUCAGCCAAACCAAGAUGACUCGCUCUGGGCGCGGUCCGCAAUGGACGUCGCAAGCCAGGAGUUCCUCCACUGGACUGAAGAGAAGGUCACAGAGACAGGUUACGCCAAGAUGGGAGAUACCAAAGAGAACAGACUCUGGGUCAUGUUCGACAACCUCUGUGAGCCCGGACAGCAGGACCACACCGUCGCCGCCCAGGCCUUUUACCACAUUCUUUCACUCGCGACGAAGAACGUUGUUGCUGUUGAGCAGGACAUUGAGAACCUGGAGCCUUUCGGAACGAUUCGAGUCGGAGUCGACAUGACGGGGCGCCUCGAAGAUAUGGAUUGA